AUGACCUCCAAAUUCGAAAAGCUAUUGAUAAAACUGGGCAAACCCACCUGGGCCCAACACCUCCGUCAUGUCCAGCACGCGCACGGCCCCCAGAAAAACCAAAUCGACCCAGACUGGGCCAAAGACAUAAUCAAGAUGGAUUCUCACCUACGCGAAAUCGGGCAGCGUGAGAUCUACCUCCGCGAGGAGAUCAAAGCCCUGACCUCCGACGACCGGGCACCGCUAAGCACCGAGCAACGCGCGCAGCUGGCCAAAUGGCAAAUGGAGCUCGAGGACCUGGCAAGGAAGUACUGGCAUCUGGAGCGGGAGUUUUACCGGCGGGAGGCAUCUGUUCCGCCUGGGCCGUUGCAGAGAGCUCAGAUGCUGUCGAGUACAUUCUAUAAUAUCUAUCUGUAG